AUGUUUUAUCCACUUUUCGGUAAAUUGCAUUUAUUCCACAAUUGAAAAGAACAAAAACCCUAACGACUCAUGGAUUGCUGCCAUGUGCCAGGGUGGGCCUGGUCCCAGACCCCUGGAACCCCCAGAAGGAAGAGGUCCAGACAGGUUCUCUGGGCCCUUCCCUGCUGGGCAAGCACUGAAGUGGGAGUGGAGCAUGGGCCCCCUCAGUCUGGCAUGGUGCCAGACUGGCCUGGCUGGCAGCGCCUCCCAAUGGCACGGUUGCCCUGUCCGCAGCUGCAGCGUCUCCUGUUUCCUGGGAGCCUCUGCUCCAUUGUUGGCCGAGGGGGUCAGGACCCGCCGCCUUCUGCAUUAUUGAUGGUCCUGUAAGGCGGGCACCCUGGGGAGUAGAAGGAGCCUGUAGCCCCUGCGAGAGCAGAGCCGAAGUAGUGCACUGCACAGAGGGUCACCGCGGGCGGCCAGAUCCCCAGGGAGGGGAGAGGACCCGGGCGUCACGAAGCCCGUAUCUUCUGGGCCAGCCAUGGGCAGGAACCAGGGCAAAGCGCCCCAGCGCCUGGCGAGGCCCGGGAGGCCGGCCUCAGGGGAGCAGGAGUCGGGGUCGGCCAGCGCGGACGGCGCGCCCAGCCAGGAACGACGAUCCGAUCACGGCCAGGCGGUCAGGGCGAGACCGGCCGCCCAGCCCGCCACCGCCGGGGGCCAGGGGACCGCUGGUGGCCGCAGGAAGCCCAUCGCAGAGGAGAACGGCGGCUGCAGACGCCCAGGGGCUGGGUCGCCCCCAGAGGCCCAGGAGAGGCAACGCAGCGCGCGGUGUCCGGGACGCGGGCCCAGGGGCGGCCGCAGGGGGCGCCUGGAGGAAGGCAGCCUCUCCCGAGGAGAAGGACUGGGCGGCCGCCGUAGGAGGAAGGGGAAAGAUCCAGUGCCCUCGGCUCAGCGAGGCCGCCGGGCGCCCCGGAGCCUCGAUGGGGACACGUCGGGUGGGGACGGAGGCAGCUCCUGUCCGGACAGCGAAGCCCGCGAGGCCCAGGAGAGCGGCAGCCAGCGCGGCGGAGCCCGGGAGCUGCGGCCCACCCUGGAGCCUACGGUCACGGGCUCGGAAGGGACAAAAACCGGGCCAGAGUCAGCGCUGGAGCCAAGCAGCGACGGCCUGGACAGCGGCUGGCCCCGCGCAGAUCCCUGGGGCCGGGAAGGGUCGUCGGGGACGGGGCCCCUUAGGGCCAGCGAGCAUUCCGGGGGGGACUCCGACUCGAGUCUGCUGGAGACCGGACCUGGACGGGGCCCCCGAGCAGCUAUGGCUUCCAGGACCUUCGAGGGCAGCUCGCGGGCUCCUCGGGACACCGGGCCGGCCCAGGACGCGAGCGACAACCGGGCGCAGCGGGGCGCCAAGCCUGAAACAAUGCAGGCCUCGACGGCCCGAGCUCCGCGCCACCCGGUCAGAAAGGCGGCGGGGCGGGUGCCAGCGGCGGCAGGGGAGGGCGUAGCAGGAGCCCCAGCGGGAGCGGGGCCGGAGGACCCAGCCCCGCUGGCGGCCCUCCUGGUGGUCCGCAGACUCCUCGCGAGGUCCCCGCCAGGCGUCACUUCCCAGGCCGUGGGCCCCCGCCGCGCUGGCCUCAAGGAGCGGCUCCUGAGUGUAGCACGAGCCCUGGGCCUCUUGCGCUGGCUGUGGCGGCGGCUGCGGCUGCGGCCGCGGCCGCCAGAGGGCGAGGGGGAGAGGGCGGGGCCACGGGCGAGCGAGGGGUGGGGCCGCGGAAAAGCGUGCGAGGGGCGGGGCCGCGGGAAAGCGGACGACGGGCUGGGUCAUGGGAGAGGAAGCGAGGGGCGGGGCCACAAGCGAGGGGACGAGGGGCGGGGCCGCGGGAAAGAGGACGAGGGGCGGGGCCGCGAGAGAGGGGACGAGGGGCGGGACCACGAGAGAGGGGGCGAGGGGCGGGGCCCUGAGCCGGGGCUGCGGCACCGUCUAGCGUUGCACCUGGCCGGCUUAGCAGGGCGCGGGGGUAGGCCGAGGGCUCCUCCUGGCGUCCUCUCGCGCCCCCCGCAGGUCCGGACAAGCCCAGUCCCCGACGACCCUUUCGAUCAGGAGGACGGGACUCCAGAUCCCAAGUUCGCAGUCGUGUUCCCCAGGAUCCACAGGGCAGGGCGGGCGUCGAGCAGCCGCAGCUCUGAAGAAGCGUCCACAGAUGCCCCCACGGGGGAAGGCCGAGGUUGGCCUCGUGCAGGGGCAGGGGGGCACAGUGAGGGCCGCAGGGCGAGUGGGGAAGGGGUGUCCGGGCUUCGUCGCGGCUCCCUCCUCGCCCCGACUGCCCCCGACGGGCCCUCGCUCGACGAGAGCGGCUCCAGCAGUGAGGCGGAGUCGGAGACCCUGGACGAGGAGCCCCCGGUGCACUGGGCGCAAGGCUCCGGUCCCCGCAAGGGUCCUAGGCUUGGCGCCGCCGUGCUGCUGCCCCGACUCGCCCUGGAGACCCGCCUGCAGCAGGAGGGAGACCCGUGCUUCCGCGGGUCCCUGAGGGAGCGGUGGGAACCCGAGGAUGAGGACGAGGCGGUGCUGGAGAGGGACCUGGAGCUAAGCCUCGGGCCGGGCCUGGAGGCGCCACCCUUUCCCGGUGCCGAAGGCAGGAGCCUUGGAGACGGCCUAGAAGACACGGAGGACCUGGCCCGCCUGCGGCUGAUAUGUGACAGCUCUGUGCUGCUGUGCCUCAAGAAGAGAUUUCACCUGGGCCGAAUCUAUACUUUUGGGGGUCCCCUCUUGCUUGUUUUGAACCCCCACCGGCCCUUGCCUCUCUUCUCACCUGAGGUCCAGGAAAGCUACCACCCCAGGAAGGCCCUCAGCACCACCCCACACAUCUUUGCCAUCGUGGCAUCAGCCUAUGACCUGGCUCAGCAUACUGGGCAGGACCCAUGCAUCCUCCUGCGCUCCUCCCGCUGCAGUGGGCACAGCGGCUCAGGGAAGACAGAAGCCUCCAAAAAGAUCGUGCAGUUCCUAAGCAGCCUGGAGCAGGAUCAGACGGGGAACCGAGGGUGUCAGGUGGAGGAUGUGCUGCCCAUACUCAGCAGCUUUGGCCAUGCCAAGACCAUCCUCAAUGCCAAUGCCAGCCGCUUCGGCCAGGUCUUCUGCCUCUACCUACAACAAGGGGUCAUCGUGGGAGCCUCUGUGUCUCAUUAUCUACUUGAGACCUCCAGGGUGGUGUUUCAGGGCCAGGCUUGCAGGCUCCAAGGCAAGGAGGAUGCCCAGGACUUUGAGGGGCUGGUGAAGGCACUGCAGGGGCUGGGCUUGUGCACGGAGGAGUUGAAUGCCGUCUGGGCUGUGCUGGCCGCCGUCCUGCAGCUGGGCAACAUCUGCUUCUCCUCCUCAGAGCGGGAGUCCCAGGAGGUGGCUGCUGUGUCUAGCUGGGCCGAGAUCCACACAGCAGCCCGGCUGCUGCGGGUACCACCAGAGUGCCUGGAGGGGGCUGUCACCAGGAGGGUCACGGAGACGCCCUAUGGCCAGGUCUCACGAUCCCUGCCCAUGGAAGGCGCCAUUGAUGCCAGGGACGCCCUGGCCAAGGCCCUGUAUUCACGCCUCUUCCACCAGCUUCUGAGGCGGACCAAUGCACGGCUGGCACCAGCAGGGGAGGAAGGCAGCACUGGCACCAUCACUGUCGUGGAUGCCUAUGGCUUUGAGGCCCUGCGGGUGAAUGGCCUGGAGCAACUGUGCAACAACCUUGCCAGUGAGCGCCUGCAGCUCUUCUCCAGCCAGAUGCUGCUGGCGCAGGAAGAGGAGGAGUGUCGGCGGGAGUUGCUGUCCUGGGUGCCUGUCCGUCAGCCUCCGAGGGAAUCCUGCCUGGACCUCCUGGUAGACCAGCCCCACAGCCUCCUGAGUAUCCUGGAUGCCCAGACAUGGCUGUCCCAGGCCACGGACCACACCUUCCUCCAGAAGAGCCACUAUCACCAUGGUGACCACCCCAGCUAUGCCAAGCCCCGACUGCCCCUGCCCGUGUUCACCGUGCAACAUUAUGCAGGGACUGUCACCUACCAGGUUCACAAGUUUUUAAACAGAAACCGGGAUCAGCUGGACCCUGCCGUGGUGGAGAUGCUUGGCCAGAGCCAGCUCCAGCUGGUGAGCAGCCUGUUCCAGGAGGCAGAGCCCCAGUCCAGGGGAGGGCGAGGCAGACCCACGCUGGCCUCUCGCUUCCAGCAGGCCCUGGGGGACCUCAUAGCCCGGCUGGGCAGGAGCCAUGUCUAUUUCAUCCAAUGCCUCAACCCUAACCCUGGAAAGCUUCCAGGCCUCUUUGACGUGGGACAUGUGACAAAGCAACUGCACCAGGCAGCCAUACUGGAGGCCGUGGGCACCCGCAGUGCCAACUUCCCUGUGCGUGUACCCUUUGGAGCCUUCCUGGCCAGGUUCCAGGCCCUGGGGUCGGAAGGGCAGGAAGACCUCUCUGACCGGGAGAAGUGUGGUACCAUCCUGAGCCAGGCGCUGGGGGCCGAAUCACCUCUCUGUCACCUCGGAGCCACCAAGGUCCUGCUGCAGGAGCAGGGCUGGCAGCGGCUGGAGGAGCUCCGGAACCAGCAGCGCUCCCAGGCCCUGGUCAACUUGCACCGUGGCUUCCGCACCUGCAUCUCCCGCCAGCGCGUCCUGCCCCGGAUGCAGGCUCGCAUGCGUGGGUUCCAGGCCAGGAAGCGGUGCCUCCGGCGGCGGGCAGCUCUGGGACAGCUGAACACCAUCCUGCUGGUGGCCCAGCCCCUGCUCCGGAGGCGGCAGAGACUGCAGCUUGGGCACUGGCAGCGCUGGCACAGCAGCGAAAGGGCCUUGGAGAGAGUGCCAAGCAUGGAGCUGGGGCGCUUGGAGAUUCCGGCUGAGCUGGCCGUCAUGCUGAAGACGGCGGAAGGCCAUCAGGAUGCCCUGGCUGGGAGCAUCACAGAGUGCCUGCCCCCUGAGGUUCCUGCCCGGCCCAGCCUGACUCUCCCACCAGACAUUGACCGGUUCCCUUUCUCCAGCUUCGUCUCCAUCGGCUUUCAGGAGCCAUCCCUGCCCAGGCCAGGGCAGCCACUGGUGAAGCCCCUAACCCAGCUGGACGGAGAGAACCCUCAGCAUGCCCUGGACAUCAACAAAGUGAUGCUGCGGCUCCUAGGGGAUGGAUCCCUAGAGUCCUGGCAGAGGCAGACCAUGGGCACAUACCUGGUGCGGCAGGGGCAGUGCCGGCCAGGGCUGCGGAAUGAGCUCUUCAGCCAGCUGGUGGCCCAGCUAUGGCAGAACCCAGACGAACAGCAGAGCCAGCGGGGCUGGGCCCUCAUGGCUGUUCUGCUCAGCGCCUUUCCCCCACUGCCUGUCCUGCAGAAGCCGCUGCUCAAGUUUGUAUCUGACCAGGCCCCCAGGGGCAUGGAAGCGCUGUGCCAGCACAAGCUGCUGGGGGCCUUGGAGCAGUCGCAGUUGGCCCCAGGGGCCACUCGGGCCCACCCUCCAACCCAGCUGGAGUGGAUGGCCGGAUGGCGGCGGGGCCGCAUGGCGCUGGACGUGUUCACCUUCAGCGAGGAGUGCUACUCAGCCGAGGUGGAGUCCUGGACCACCGGGGAGCAGCUGGCUGGGUGGAUCCUGCAGAGCAGAGGCCUGGAGGUGCCUCCCCGGGGCUGGUCCGUGUCACUGCAUUCCAGGGACACAUGGCAGGACUUGGCUGGCUGCGACUUUGUGCUGGACCUAAUCAGCCAGACUGAGGACCUGGGGGACCCAGCUGCUCCCCACAGCUACCCCAUCACUCCUCUUGGCUCAACCGAGGCCAUUCCCCUUGCCCCUGGCAUCCAGGCCCCCUCACUGCCCCCAGGACCCCCUCCAGGUCCAGCCCCAACGCUGCCCAGCAGGGACCACACAGGGGAGGUCCAGAGAUCAGGGAGCCUAGACGGCUUCCUGGACCAGAUCUUCCAGCCAGUGAUGUCCUCUGGCCUCAGUGAUCUGGAACAAAGCUGGGCUCUGAGCAGCCGCAUGAAGGGAGGGGGCGCCGUUGGGCCCACGCAGCAGGGGUACCCCAUGGUGUACCCAGGAAUGAUUCAGAUGCCUGGAUACCAGCCAGGCAUGGUCCCUGCACCCAUGCCCAUGAUGCCAGCAAUGGGCACAGUCCCUGCCAUGCCAGCCAUGGUGGUGCCACCGCAGCCACCGCUUCCCAGCCUGGACGCAGGGCAGCUGGCCAUCCAGCAGCAGAACUUCAUCAACCAGCAGGCACUAAUCCUGGCCCAGCAGAUGACAGCUCAGGCCAUGACCCUGUCCCUGGAGCAGCAGACGCAGCAGCGGCAGCGUCAGGCUCGGGCCUCCGAGGCUGCGUCCCAGGCCUCACCCUCAGCCAUCACCUCCAAGCCCAGGAAGCCCCCCACAGCCCUGGAGAAGCCACAGCAUGACCUGGAAUCAGAGGGUGGCUGCCUGAGGGAGACCUCCGAGGAGGCUGAAGACAGGCCCUGUCGGCCCAAGAGCUUCCAGCAGAAACGGAACUAUUUCCAGAAGAUGGGACAGCCGCAGAUGACAGUGAGGACGGUGAAGCCUCCCGCCAAGGUCCAGAUCCCCCAGGGGGAGGCACAGGAGGAGGAGGAGGAGGAGCAGGAGGAGCAGGAGGAGCAAGAAGUGGAAACAAGAGCAGUGCCGUCCCCUCCUCCUCCCCCCAUCAUGAAGAAGCCGUUGAAGCAAGGUGGGGCCAAAGCUGCAAAAGAGGCUGAGGCUGAGCCAGUCAAGGAGACAGUGGCCAAGGGCGGUGGCCAAGGGCCAGCCCAAGGCAGGGGGAUCAUGGUGCGCAGCUCAGACCCCAGGCCCAAGCGGCCACAACCCAGCAGGGAAAUUGGCAACAUCAUCCGCAUGUACCAGAGCCGCCCGGGCCCCGUGCCUGUGCCUGUGCAGCCAUCCAGGCCUCCCAAAACUUUCCUGAAGAAAAUCGACCCCAAGGACGAGGCUCUGGCCAAGCUGGGUAUCAACGAUGCCCACUCGUCCCCGCCGAUGCUGUCCUCCAGCCCAGGAAAGGGCCCCCCACCAGCUGUGGCUCCUCGACCCAAGGCCCCACUACAGCUUGGGCCCUCUAGCUCCAUCAAGGAAAAGCAGGGGCCCCUUCUGGACCUGUUUGGCCAGAAGCUGCCCACUGCCCAGACACCCCCACCUCCACCAGCGCCACCACUGCCUCUGCCCGAGGACCCAGGGACCCUUUCAGCCGAGCGCCGUUGCUUGACACAGCCCAUGGAGGACCAGGGCGUUUCCACCCAGCUACUCGCGCCCUCUGCCAGCGUGUGCUUCUCCUACACUGGCAAGCCCUGGAAGUUGUUCCUACGCAAGGAGGUGUUCUACCCACGGGAGAACUUGAGCCAUCCCUACUACCUGCGGCUGCUUUGUGAGCAGAUCCUGCGGGACACCUUCUCUGAGUCCUGUAUCCGGAUUUCCCAGGAUGAGCGGCGGAAAAUGAAAGACCUGCUGGGAGACUUGGAGGUGGACCUGGAUUCUCUCACCACCACUGAAGACGGCGUCAAGAAGCGCAUCGUGGUGGCUGCUCGGGACAACUGGGCCAAUUACUUCUCCCGCUUCUUUCCUGUCUCGGGUGAGAGUGGCAGCGACGUGCAGCUGCUAGCCGUGUCCCACCGCGGGCUGCGACUGCUCAAGGUGACCCAAGCCUCCAGCCUCCGCCCCCACCAGCUGAAGAUUCUCUGCUCAUACAGCUUCUCGGAGGUGCUGGGUGUGGAGUGCCGGGGCAGCUCCACCCUGCAGCUGUCGUUGAAGAGCGAGCAGCUGGUGUUGCACACAGCCCGGGCAAGGGCCAUCGAGGCGCUGGUUAAACUGUUCCUCAGUGAGCUUAAGAAGGACUCUGGCUAUGUCAUCGCCCUGCGCAGCUACAUCACUGACAACUGCAGCCUCCUCAGCUUCCACCGUGGGGACCUCAUCAAGCUGCUGCCGGUGGCCACCCUGGAGCCAGGCUGGCAGUUUGGCUCUGCCGGAGGCCGUUCCGGACUCUUUCCUGCCGACAUAGUGCAGCCGGCUGCCGCUCCCGACUUUUCCUUCUCCAAGGAGCAGAGGAGUGGCUGGCACAAGGGUCAGCUGCCCAACGGGGAACCAGGGCUGGCUCGGUGGGACAGGGCCUCAGAGCGCCCUGCCCACCCUUGGAGCCAGGCACACAGUGACGACUUGGAGGCCACCAGCCUGCCCUCCUCUGUGUCCUAUGCCUCUCUGUCCACCGACUCCCACAACUACACCAUGCAGGAAUUCGCCCUGCGUUACUUCCGGAAGUCCCAGGCCUUGCUGGGCCAGACAGAUGGAGGUGCUACAGGGAAGGACACAGACAGCCUGGUGCAGUACACCAAGGCUCCCAUUCAGGAGUCGCUCCUCAGCCUCAGUGAUGACGUGAACAAGCUGGCUGUGGCCAGCUUCCUGGCCCUGAUGCGGUUUAUGGGUGACCAGUCCAAGCCCCGGGGCAAGGAUGAGAUGGAUCUGCUCUAUGAACUGCUAAAGCUGUGCCAGGAGGAGAAGCUGAGGGAUGAGAUUUACUGCCAGGUUAUCAAGCAGGUCACGGGACACCCCCGGCCGGAACACUGCAUUCGAGGCUGGAGCUUCCUCAGCCUUCUCACAGGCUGCUUCUCUCCGUCGACCAGGCUGAUGCCCUACCUGACCAAGUUCCUGCAGGAUUCAGGCCCCAGCCAAGAGCUGGCCCGGAGCAGCCAGGAGCACCUCCAGCACACAGUCAAAUAUGGGGGGCGCCGGCGGAUGCUCCCACCGGCUGAAAUGAAGGCUUUCCUGAAAGGACAAGCCACUCGCCUGCUUCUUAUUCACCUGCCAGGAGGUGUGGAUUAUAGGACGAAUAUCCAUACUUUCACGGUGGCAGCAGAAGUGCAGGAGGAGCUGUGCCAGCAAAUGGGCAUCACAGAGCCUCAGGAAGUGCAGGAAUUCGUCCUCUUCCUCAUCAAAGAGAAGGGCAAGCUGGUGCGGCCCCUGCGGCCUGCUGAAUACCUCAACAGCGUGGCAGUGGACCAGGACGUGAGCCUGCACAGCCGGCGGCUCGGCUGGGAGACCCCACUGCACUUCGAUAACUCCAUCUACAUCAGCACCCACUACAGCCAGGUGCUGUGGGACUACCUCCAGGGGAAGCUGCCGGUCAGCGCCAAGGCGGACGCGCAGCUCGCCAGGCUGGCCGCCCUGCAGCACCUCAGCAAGGCCAACAGGAACACUCCCUCAGAGCAGGACCUGCUAGCUUAUGUGCCACAGCAGCUGCAACGGCAGGUGAACAUGGCCUCCAUCAAGAACCUGAUGGGUCAGGAGCUGAGACAGCUGGGAGGACACAGCCCCCAGGAAGCACAGAUCAGCUUCAUUGAGGCCGUGAGCCAGCUGCCCCUCUUCGGCUAUACCGUCUACGUAGCGCUGAGAGUGAGCCUGCAGGCCCUGUCGGGACCCGCUCUCCUGGGGCUCAACCGCCAGCAUCUCAUCCUCAUGGACCCCAGCUCCCAGAAUCUGUACUGUCGCAUUGCCCUGAAGAGCCUGCAGCGGCUCCACCUGCUAAGUCCACUGGAGGAGAAGGGGCCCCCUGGCCUGGAACUCAACUAUGGCUCAGCUGACAACCCCCAGACCAUCUGGUUUGAGCUGCCACAGGCCCAGGAGCUGCUAUACACCACUGUCUUCCUGAUAGACAGCAGUGCCUCUUGCACUGAGUGGCCCAGCGUCAACUGAGAGGAGUGUAGGCCAGGGAGAGACGAGAGUGAGGCCUCCCCUGGCCCAAGUCUCACCCAGAUGGUCUGCCUUGGAUGCUAUCAGAUCACUGUUCCAGAACCUGCCACAGCACAGCCCAGCUGGCCCCCAUGCAGGCCAUGAGGCAGGGGCUGCUAUCAUGUCACCAACAGGCAAAGAAAACAGCCAGAGCCCCUCCAGGACGGCCUGGGCCCAAAGAGGGCUGCAGGAACUCGCCUGGGGAAUCUGAGGUUGCCCAGUCUGAGGGAGACGCCCACCGGCCCCAGGCUUCGCCCAGGCCCCACAUUAGCACAAUCCCAGGCAUGGGAGAAACAGCUGCUGAGGAAAUAAAACUCCCCGGAGAAAA